UUUGGAAGAACGACAUUUUCUCAGCAACCCUCCCUGCCUUUAUGUCGUCAUUACAGUCACAGCGAGUCUCAUUAGUACAGAGUUACGAUGUGCAAGAGGAAUGCAGGUGACCUCAACAGGGCCCCAGACAAUUCACAAGGCUGAGGGGGACGGUGUGACUUUGGGUUGCACCUACACACCAGACAGUUUUGAUACCGGGGAGCUGGAUAUAGAGUGGUCCAUCGUCAGCCCGGACAUCACCCAAAAAGACCAUCUGCUCAUGUCUUACACCGGUGGCACAAAAUACAGCCAUACUGUUCAUGGUAGUGUGAAAGAGAUCAAGUUUGCUGCUGCUGACCCUUCGAUGGGAGACGCAUCGCUCUCAAUUGCUGUGCUUUCAUCCGCCCAUAGUGCUACCUUCCAGUGUAAGGUCAAAAAACCACCUGGCGUAGACACGAGGAAGGUCUCACUAGUAGUGAUGGCAAAGCCCUCCGUGCCCCGGUGCUGGGUGGAGGGGAGGCAGUUGGUCGGGGAGGCUGUCUCCUUGCACUGCAAGUCUGCCCAGGGCUCAACUCCUCUGAAAUAUAUGUGGUCGCGAGAGGGGGGAGGGCCCAGCCCUCUUGCAGCCUCACAGGACAGUGUGGCGGGGCAGCUGGUGAUCAGUAACCAUUCAGAGAGCUUCACUGGGGUCUACCUGUGUAAAGUCACUAAUGCUGUUGGCACCGAGCACUGCAGGAUACAUCUAAAAGCAGAAAAACUCCCAAACAGAGCUGGGGUAAUAGUUGGCACCGUGGUGGGAUCUUUGCUCCUCAUCAUCCUUCUACUGCUCCUCCUCUGGCUUCUACUCUGCAAGCUGGGUGACAGGCCUCGCUAUGAGAAGGAGGUCUCCAACGAGAUCAGAGAGGAUGCUCCCGCCCCUCAGAGCCGCCCUGUCAGUCGAGCAACCAGCCGCAGUCUCAUCCGGUACCCCGGGGUUGCUUAUGUGGGCAAUUCAGACCUAAGCUGUGUAGCUGAUGACCCAGCAGGUAUGGAUACGCAGUUUGACGAGGAUGAACAGUCACGGCGUUCCCACAAGACAGCCCCAGACUGA